AUCAAAGUCCAGUGUUCGUGUGUGUUUUCACCGCCCACUAACACACAAAUAAAAAAGUGAGCGCGUGAACUGCACAGACGAGGGUCUCACAGCGCGUGAACGAGAACUGUCAGGAUCAUGACGAGAACUCUGGGUGAAUUAUCUGAUCUGAGAAAGACCAGGUAUGGUUGGCCACCUCCCAGACAUGGUCUGAUCUUGCUGUGGUGGUUUGCUCAUGAAUGUGUUCAGAUUGACUAUGAUCGUAUGAUUGCCCGCUGCAACCCUGCAAAUGGAGCUUUUGGCUUCCACCGAUUCUAUAAUUGGGACAAGCUUCUUCCUCGCACUAACCUCCCAUACUAUGAGGUGGGCAACCUGAACACCACUGGCUCACUGCCGCUGUACGUCACUAAAUAUUACACAGGAUAUAUAGACAACAGCAACACUGAUCGCAUCAUUGUUUUAUUUAACUCAAGGUGGAACAGAUUUGAUUGCGUUUAUGUGACACAGCACUCAGAUCUUGUGAAGUUUGACCAGAAUCACACUUACUGCAUUAGCAUCAAACUCAUGAAGGAGAUUAAAAAUUUGAGCCGUGAGGAUUUCCUCAGAGAACUCAUCUUUCCAAAACGACCCAAUCCUUCUGAACAUUGUUCCAUAGACAUGACUAACAAUGUAAUGCCCAAUGCCCAAGCUAGACCAUCAGACACACCUGAGCCAGUGCAGAGUGAAACUAGAUGUGUGAAUAAGAAAUGCUUGAUUUUACUGUUUCUCAUUGUUGCUGUUAGUGUCUUUUUAUGGUUUAAACUGAAAUAGUUUUCAUCCACUGCUGUUUGUUAUUCUAGCUCAAUUUGAAGCUGCAUUUUGCUUCCUGUGGAUCAGUUGCUUAUUUGAAUGAAAGAAAUUAAAUAUGUUUACAUGAUUAUUAUUAUUUAAAAUACAAUGUUGCAAUGAUGUAAAUAAAUAUUCAAGAUUUAGAAGGACCAAAUGUAAAACUAUAAGAAUCAAUCUUAAUAUUGAUAUUAAUCUGAAAAUGAAUUCGUUUCAUAUUUGUUGUGCUUAUUUUUUGACAUAAAUACAAACAGAGAAUGUUGAGAGAAAAAUGACUUUGUGCACUAUUAAAACUCCAAAAACCAU